AUGAAGUUCGUUCGCUGUAUUAUGAAAAACGCCGCGCUGGCGAGUGUUCCUAAACAUAUUGAGCAUUUUUCUAAAUUUUCCCCUUCGCCGCUCUCCAUGAAGCAGUUCCUCGACUUCGGAUCCAUCAACGCCUGCGAGAAAACUUCGUUCGCCUUCCUGAGACAGGAGCUGCCGGUGCGGUUGUCAAACAUCAUGAAGGAGAUUAACCUGCUGCCGGACAAGCUGCUCACGACACCCUCGGUGCAAACUGUGCAAGGAUGGUACAUCCAAAGUUUGAUGGAGAUUCUGGACUUUCUCCACAAGAACCCCGAUGACCACAAAGUCCUUGGAGAAUUCGUGGACGCUUUGGUGACCAUCCGGAACCGGCACAACGACGUAGUACCCACUAUGGCGCAAGGCGUCAUGGAAUACAAGGAGGUCUUCCCGCAGGACGCUGUCACCAAUCAGAACAUUCAAUACUUCCUGGACCGCUUCUACAUGAGCCGCAUCUCCAUUCGCAUGCUCAUCAACCAACACACGCUCAUUUUUGACGGAACAACCAAUCCGGUGCACCCUAACACUAUCGGCAGCAUUGACCCACAUUGCCAAGUGGGUGACGUGGUGAAGGAUGCCUUCCAUAGCGCCAAGAUGCUUUGUGAACAGUACUACCUGCGCUCGCCUCCUCUCAUUCUACAAGAACUGAACAGUGAUUACUCCAAACAUAAGGCGAUCGACAUCGUAUAUGUGCCGUCGCACUUGUACCACAUGCUCUUUGAGCUUUUUAAGAACGCCAUGAGAGCGACCAUUGAGACCCACGAGAACCGAGAUCUGCCACCCAUUCAGGCACUGGUUUCUCUUGGAGGAGAGGACAUGUCCAUUAAGGUGAGCGACAAGGGCGGCGGUGUUCCCUUUCGCCGUAUCGACAACUUAUUCAGCUACAUGUACUCCACCGCGCCGGCGCCGCAGAUUGGAGAAGAUGCCCGGCCACCGCUGGCUGGUUUCGGCUAUGGGCUUCCAAUCUCACGUCUCUACGCCAAAUACUUCCAGGGCGAUUUGCAACUCUACUCCAUGGAGGGCCACGGAACCGAUGCGGUCAUCUACUUAAAGGCGCUGUCGACAGACUCCAUCGAGAGGCUCCCGGUGUACAACAAAACGGCGCUGAGGAACUACAAAGUAAGCCAGGAGGCUGACGACUGGUGCAUCCCCAGCAGAGAACCUCUGGAUCUGAGCAACUACAAAGUGGCCAAGUGA